AUGUCAGAGAAUACUGUCCCACUUGAGGAGAUGACAAACAUUACAGAGAACCCAGAGUCAAUUGAGGUGAGCUGUCCAGCUGGAGCCAACAUCAUCAGUUUAACAUCAGCGUUGAAGCCAACCAGUCGAAGUGCUCUCUUGAUUUUGAACCAACCGAUAGUGAUACCCAGGUUUAAAGCUCUCUGGGAUAAUUUCCAACUGAAAAUCUGUGGAGACGGAGGAGCUAACCAGUUGUUUAGGCUAUUCACAACCGAUGAAGAGAGAAAGCUUUAUUUACCACACUACAUUAUCGGGGAUUUAGACUCUUUGGAGAAUGAUGUUAGAAGCUGGUACGAAAGUCACGGUGUUGAAGUGAUACCCCAAACUACUCAAUAUGCUACUGAUCUAAACAAAUGCUUAGAUGCAGUAGAGGUCUAUUACAAUUUAAAAGAUUUGAAUCAAGAAUUUGUUGCUAAAGAGAUUGACCAUUAUGAUGGAUUGAUCAAACUACAUUCUAAUAUAAAGAGUCACAACGCUAUACAGUGUGUAUUACUUGGUGCCAUUGAUGGGAGAUUUGAUCAUACUAUUCAAUCAAUUUCACUUUUGUUCAACUUAUCCAAGACAAAUCCAAACCUAAGACUAUACUAUCUAUCACCAACUGAUUUGAUCUUUAUGAUUCCAAAAGGGGUCAAUCAUCUAGAGUAUGAGAACUUGAGUGCUAUUCAUGGAUCAAACUGUGGAUUACUACCCCUUGGUGGGCCAGUGAAGCUGACAACUCAUGGGUUCAAAUGGGAUGUUGCUAAUUGGGAAAGUUCAAUAAAAGGUAGUGUGAGUAGUAGUAAUAGAUUGGUUGGUGUGAAUGGUGCAACUAUAGAAAGUGACGAUGACUUGAUUUUGAAUAUUCAAGUUAAUCACCAAGAAUUAAGCUUAUGA